AUGUCUCAUAUUCUAAUAGACUGGCUCAAUAACGAUGUUCAAUUAUCACAAAAAAUCGACUCCAGUCAGACUCUUGCUGGUGAUUUUGCUACAGGCUAUCUUAUCGGUGAAAUUCUGUCAAAAUAUGGUCUUCAAGAGGAUUUCCCUCAGUUUAGUACUGGCAACAAUCCGCAAUCUCAAUUGAACAAUUUCACGCGAAUAGAACGUACACUCCAUCUUCUCGGAAUUGCCUUUAAUACGAAUGAUGCUCGGAAAGUAAUGACCAUGGAGAAGGGAGCCAUUCAGCAACUUCUCUAUUCACUCUACUCAGCUCUAAAUCGAAAAAAGAAACGAAAUUUAACUGGAACAGCAAUGGAAACAAUGACAGCACCAGCCACGAAGUUCCUAGGACAAGUCGAAUCGCAGCAAUAUGAAGAUUUAAUCAAAAAACGAACAGCUCGUCAAUGCGAUCUUAGUUUAGGAGAAGUAGUCAAUAAAUACGAACGAUAUAGAGAACGUCAAGGUGAAAUUAUCAAUAAACAAAAAAAUGCUGCCGAAGAAGAAAAACGACAAGAAUAUGAAUCUAAACGACAAUACCUUCUCAAUCGUUCGAAAGAAAAACGAGUGAAAGAUGCUGAAAUUACAGCUAGAAUCAAAUCACAGCAACAAGAUCUUGGAUAUGAGCUCGAAAUCGAGCCAAUGCCAGCAAGUGUGGUGGUGAUUCCUAAGACACCGCCGUUGUUUACUAAACAGGCGUUGGAGAAAAAACGAAAGUUGAGAAAAGAAAUCGAAAUGCAGGAUACUAUGAACGAAAUUCGUCGAUUCGAAAAACGUGUUUUACAACAUUCGGAAUACGAUGAUGACGAAGGUUUCGAUGAAAACAGCACUGGAGAUUCAAUGAAUGUUUCUGACAUGGAGAUAUCUUCACCUUAUGAACAAGAUACGAAAGAGUCUCUAAUCAAAGUUGGCGCGACAGGUUCACAAGAAUUAGUUUCAUACUCGAAACAACUACAAACGGGUCAAGUCGAUCCAUAUAUUCUGGAAAUUCGACGACGUCUACAGGAAGAUGUUCACGCUCGACGUGAACGAGAAAAGCGACGUCGAAAAGUUUUAGUUGAUCAACUUCGUGCACUUGAAGCUAUUGAGGAUUCCAAACGUGAAGAAUCACUUGUUAGUCAUCUACUUCGUCAGUCUCAGUUCGAGCGACGUCUGGCAGUUGAAUUACUACAAACUCGUCAUGAAAAAGAUGUUCUUCGUCAAAAUCGUAUUGCUUACGAGAAGCAAUUAGAAAUCCGUCGACGACAAGACUUUAUUGAAGCUAUGGACCGUGAAGCGGAAUUGGCACGUUUGGCUCGACUUGAAUAUGCUGAACAAAUACAAAAAGAUAAAGAAUUACAUGAUAUUCUACAGGCGGAAAAAGCUCAAACGAUACACAAGGACAAUGUCGAUUUCUGUACACAUGUCACUUGGCAAUUAGUUGACUUUGCAUUGAAAGUAGGCGAGUAUCGCGAAUUAACCGAAAAUUUGAUCCCUCCGAAAGUCUGGCGCGAAUGGAACGCUCUAUUUAUUGGUGACCGACCAUUAUUCGACGAUGAACAACGCUUCACUGAAGAACAACUCGCAGAAAUCGAACGACAAAAUGAGAAACUGCAUGCUCAAACUGUUUUACAAGAAGAAAGUCUGAAAAUUUUAGAUGAAGGUGACUUCAACGAAUAUCGAAACAUGAUUGGCGAGUGGGAACCACCAGCGGGUAGUCAAAGUGCAAUAAUUAUUACACAUGUACCACCAUUCGAUAAUCCAAUUUUCGGUUAUAUUAUCAAUCGAUUGUAUCAACUCGUACAUCCACCACCGGAGAAACUUCCCUUACCACUAUUUCCAGCAUUUGGAUUGAAGAUUCUUGUCUUAGGAAAGUCAUUUUCAGGCAAAUCUACUGCAUUGAGACGCUAUGGUGAAGAAACUGGCGUGACAAUUAUCAACGUUGAACAGCUAUUUCAUGAAGCACUAGAGGCAUUUAACAACAACGAAAUGAAUGACGAUGAUGAAGAUAAUACGGAAAUGGAUGCUUCAAUGAAGAUUGAUCAUGAGAAUGUACUGGUCUCCACAGGAAAUACAUCCUUGGAACACGCAGAUACAACAACGAAUGAACAUCCAGCAGCACCUCCUCCAACAUUGAAUGAUCUUACCGAUUCUACACACACAAAAGUCUUUAGCCAUCCACAGGAAAAACCAAGCAAGUUGAGUGAUCGCGCGAGACUCGGUGCAAUGAUACAUCGAUCGAUGAAAUCCGGCGAAGCACUUAGUGAUCAAAUGGCUGUACAAUUAAUUCUCGAACGUCUUCGACGAGUUCCAGAAGGUGAAGGAUGGAUCAUUGAUGGAUUUCCGACGACAUAUGAUCAAGUAAAACUACUGGAAAAUGCCUUAUCUAAUUAUCAAGAAGAAAAGCCAAAAGAAUUCGACCCACUCUUAGCGCCGAAUCCACGUCCACCACCGCCACCUGAGCCAUACAAGUCUGCGAUUGAUCUCGUCGUUCUCUUCCAUGUAUCGAACAAUAUUGUCAUUCGACGUGCAGCUGGACGAUCGUUUGCACCAUUGGCGAAUCAAGAAUAUCAUGAACAGUACAAUCCACCACCGGGUGGUUCAGCAACUGGAUUCAAUGGACAAGAACAGGUGUUCCCAACAAAAGAUACUGCUAAUGAUAUGGAACAAUUGCAACAUCGUAUAACACAAUUUCAAGAAUCGUAUCCUCGAAUAGAAAAAUUCUAUUCACAAUACUCGAAAGUUGCUGUUGUUGAUGAAACAAAAGUCGAUCCACCAUUGGAUGAAGAACAACUGUACCAUGAAUUCACUCGAGCAAUCGAAAACCAUAUAGAUGAAGAGCAAGAGAAAGUCAGAAAAGCAGAAGAAGAUACACGACGUGCGGAAGAAGAACGUUUAAUUCGCGAACAAGAAGAACUUGAAGCGAAACGAAAAGCAGAAGAAGAAGAAGCGAUCAAAGCAGAACAAGCCGCAGAAGCCGCGGCCGCUGCUGCUGCUGAACGUGCUGCUCGUGAAGCUGCUGAAGCCGAAGCAGCCAAGAAAGGUAAAAAGGGUGCCAAGAAGGCUCAAUCGCCUGCAGCUAGUGCAAAGAAAGGUGGAAAAGGCAAAAAAGGAGAAGAGCCACCACCAGUUGUGGAAGCACCACCACCUGUACCACAAGGUCCACCUCCGCCGAAACCUGGCACUGAAGAAUGGAUCUAUGUCCAGGAAUCGAUUGAUCCUGAAAUUGCUGCUAUUCUAUCAAAUUACUAUGGUGCUGUGGAAAUAAAUUAUAUCGAUUCUUGUAAAAUUGUCUUUCGAAAUAUUCGUUUCGAACGUUCCUAUUUGAUCGAUCACUUCUACGAUGUGAAAGCGAACUUUAAAGUAUUUCUUAACCGACCAGAUACGAAACAAGAAUAUGUCGACGUGUUCGUUAAAGAAUUCAACGCUUUACCAGAAGAUGCUCGUGAUGAUGAUGAAUUCAAACAAGAACUUCAUCAACGAGUGGAAGAUUUGAGCGACACAUUGCAUGACAUUGCUACACAACGCAAAGACGAAGCAGAAAAAGAACGUGAUGGUAUCAUAAACGAUGGAUGGGUUGUUGAUCAUCUUGGUCUACUUACAAAUCAUUAUAUCACAUUGAUGCAAAGUGAAAUCGAUCGAUAUCAGGAUGCUCUGCGUAUGCUUCGCGAUUAUUAUAAAUCGAUGCAACAACCAAUACCUGACGAAAUGAAACAAGAAUAUGCUCGAUUACCUUUGUUUGAGCUGAUGGAUGCAGAACAACGACCGCCUUCAGUCGCAGAAAGCCUUGUUGAUUACGAUGCAACAAAGACACCUGCUUCGCCUGGUGGAAAUGCUGAUGAUGCCGGAUCUCAAGCUGAUACGCCGAAAAAAGGCAAACGAACUGCAUCAGCCAGUAAGAAUAGUAAACGAACACCUUCACCACCAAAAUCACCCAAAGGUGGAAAGAAAGGAGCAGGUAAAAAGGAAAAAGAACCGCAGCAGUCGGUGGAAUCAACUGUACAAGCAUCUCAACAAGAUCCUUCUUCGAAAAGCCUCAAACCAAAAUUACCGUUGGUACCGCGACGGCCUCUAACAGCGUUUGAACCACCCGAACCAAAGAAACGUCCAAAUCAAGCUGCCGCAGCUAAAAAGAAAUUAGAAGAAGCCAAUACUGGUGAACCUUCGCCUGCGCCACCGGAAGAUAUGGAUGAACGGUUGAUCUUUGAUGCACAUCGUUUAGCUAAUCAAUAUGUUAAUGAGAUGCAAACCAGUGAACAAGCAAGUAUUGAUAUCGAUCCGACAGCCGCGGCCACUGCAGCAGCGGCAGCAGUUGCUCCCGGUGGUAAAGAUGCCAAAGGAGGCAAAGACGCGAAGGGUGGUAAAGAUGCUAAAGGUGGAAAAGGUUCUGCGGGAAAGAGUGGUAAAAAAGGAAAGAAGACAGAAGAAGCUCCUGUCGAACAAGUUGUAGUGUUGACUCCUGAACAGUUAGUGAAACAACAAUUAAAAGCGAAAAUAAAAGAGGAAUAUCUAGCUGCUAUUGCACAUGAAGUACGAAUUUGUCAAGAACGUUUGAUACUUAUUCGGGAUAUUGCUACUCGAGCGGUUGUUGGAUUGAAAAGUAAAGCUGAUGAGACAUACACACGCAUGUACGAAUGGCUUGGCGAAAAAUAUAAACAAGAAACGGAAAGUAUCGAAAAUAUGGCGAAAAUUAUCCGCUAUGCUAUCGAAUCAAAAGAAAAGAUUGAACAACAACUUGUUCUCGAUCGAUAUUCAUUCUUCAUUGCCGAGGAUGUUGUUGUUGCUCCACCACCAAUACCUCCACCGCGACCGUCACCUUUGGAACAACCNCUGGUACAAUCCGUGUACCUGGUGUAUGUCAAUAUGCACACAAGUUGGCUUUUCUUGCUGCUCAAAGUCUGCAUGCUCAACCUCAUGAAAGUCUAG